AUGGGUAAAUCCAUACAGGCUGCUCCGUUUUCUAGUGUACAACAACCGGAGGCCGUCUCGGAACCCGUCGCCGAACCUGAAGCCGUUCAAGAAGCCAUCGCCCAGGAACCCACUGCCGUACCAGAGGAGACAGUUGUUCCGGAGACCACCACACAACCAGAGGACAUUCAAGAAGCCACGACCACUAGCCCGGAACCAACCACCGCAGGGAAUCGUGAAGACAACUCAGAUUUGGUCACAGGGUUGGAACUGUUGGCUAUGUGCGAACCAAGGGUAGACUCUGCAACUGAGGGGGAAACCCCUGUUUCGGUUAGUGUUUCUGAGGGGGUGAAGCCCGUACUUGCUAGUGAGGAAUGUGUUGAGAGAGAUGUUCUGGAACCAUCUGGGGAAGUCAAAGAUUUUGUUGCUGACGUUAGUAUUUCUGAGGGGGAAACCCCUGUUUUGGAAAAAGCUGUGGGGGGGGAGGCCCCUAUAGUUGGUGAAGAUGGGGGCGACGAGGCCCUAAUUUCUGAACAAAAUGUGGAGGGGGAUACCCCUGAGAAACCGGAGGGAGAAGCCCUCGAUUCUGAAAUUAGCCAGGAACCAGCUGACGACGGGGUGAAGUUGAUUGUGGAUCUGACCGAGAUCCCACAGGAUACCGACUCGCCAGUCAACCCCAGAGAUGCUAGGAGGCGGGCUCGCCGGAGCCUCAUUGAUGAGAUUGUUGAGACAGUGGAGCCGACUGAGGAAGAAUCGCUGGGGCUACGAGGGUAA